UACAGAUAGAGAAACGGAGAUGGAAGAAAGAAGUGUAAGCAAAACCUGUAAUUAUCUGUACCUGAGGGGACCUAAUGGACGCUCACACCUGUUCACCUGUCCUAUUAACCUAACUUAUUCUAUCCACUUGUCCUAUUUAAUCCACUUGUAUCAUUUUCUUGACCUAUGCACCUGUUCUAUCCUUCUGUUCUGUUCUGUUCACCUGUCCUAUCCACCUGUCCUGUCCACCUGUUCCACCCACCUGUGCUAUUCUGUUCACCUGUCCACUCAUUCACCUUUAUGAGUAGCGGGGCCUCUUCUUCGGUGGCUCCUCAUCAUCAUCUUCUGAGCGCACUAUGAUGACGCUGUCCUCUUCCCUACACAGCCUCAGGUUCAGGCUAAAGGGGAUUGAGAACAGUUUUAAAGGAGUCGAGUCUGAGGUUAAGUGAAUCGAGUCAGAGUCAAAGGACACCGAAUCUGAAUUUAAGGGAGUCGAGUUUGCGUUUAAGGGGGACGAGUCCGAGUUAGAGGGAAUCGAAUCCGAAUUUUGAGGAAUCGAAUCCGAAUUUUGGGGAACUGAAUCCGAAGUUAAAGGAAUCGAGUCUUCAUGUGAGGGAGUCCGAUCGCCCAUCACGCCGCUGGACGAGGAAAGGAGACUGAUCCACCAGGCCACUCCAUUGGGCGGCCACUUCACUGCGUUACUCCACUGCCCCACCAGCGCCUGCACGCCCUCGGAGGAGACGUACCAGACCCGCGUAGGUCGCCAUUCGGCCCAGUCGUCCCGCCUCUGGAAGAAGACCAUAUACCCCUCAUCCUCUGGCCUCAUGGGCCACGUCGGGGGAGAGAUGGUCGUGGAAGAGGACGAGGGCGGUGAGGUACUCGGGUCCUCAGAGAAAGAAGUGGACCUGGUUCUCUUUGGCAUGUUGGUUUUCAAAGGACUCGUCAAAGUGUUGUUCUGAAGACAAAGAUGGCAGUGAGGGGGGGCAGCACAGUGUUCAUUGAUGCCUCGGCACUUGGGGAGCUGACGAGCCAGCUGACGUCCCAAGACCUAGAGAGUCUUGUGGGCAACAUCCAGCCGGCAGACUUGAAGGCUCUGCAGGAGGCAACUGAGGGUCAUGUGGUGGACACUCCUGGAGUGCUCAUCUCUGAUGGGGUGACAGUGGGCAACAUUGUGGAGGUGGAGGGUGUAGAGAGCGGAGUGCUGGAAGAGUCUCAGCAGCUGGACUCCCAUGCUCACCACCAGCCAAUGGAAGUGAACACCCUCACUGACCAUGACCAGGUCAUUGGUGAAAUGGACAUGCUGCAACAGGGUGGUGAGCUGAUUGGCAUGGCAGGAGAGGAGAUGUCCACAGGCGGUGAGGCUGCCACCACCUCGGCUCUGCUGGCUUCUGUGUCUUCGGGUGACUCCUCUUCCUCCCAGAUAGUUUCAGAGACGCCACAGCUCAUAAAGAGCAGCUUGGGCCAGUUUGUAGUUCUGCAGCAGAACCAGCAGAAUAACAUCUCUAUUGGUUCCAUGGCCAACCGAAUCAUCACAUCGGGCGGCCAGGUGGUGAGCACAGUGUCGGGCCCUAGCAGCAGCAACAACAGCAAGCCGGUGGUGGUGAACACAUCUCAGCUCAGUGGGGGAGUGAGGCAGCAGAUGGUGGUCACCUCGCAGGCCCACCCAGUGCGGACGGUGCAGUUCAAGCAGUCAUCGCAGACCCAGUCACACAACAGCAGCGGUACGGUGACCAAGGUGAUCAUCGGCAGUCAGGCUGGCGGGGGCAUGAGCAACAUUGGGAGCCAGCAGGUGCGCCUCAUCACCAGCCAGAGUGGUAAUACUGCAGCCUCCCCUGCCAAGCUGACCUUGCAGCAGGCACAGCAUGUGGGCUUCUUGCCAUCCUCCAAGCCACAGGGCCAAUCUCCAAACAAAAUUGUUGUGCAGCGGGUGAGUAUGGGUGGAGUGUCCCCUGUGAAGAGUCCCAAUAAGUUGGUCCCUGUGUCCUCCAAGUCACCCACCAAAAUUGCCCCAGCCCCUCCUUCCACACAGCAGAUUUUAACUCAAGUGAGCAGUGGUGGAGCUGUGAGGAACAUUCUUUCAAGUCCUCAGAAGAUUGUCAUAAAGAGCAAUAUUCCUCAACCUGGACAGGGGACAGUGAGCACCGUCCGGAGUGGCCAGAUUGUCACUUCUGGGGGACAGCAGGUCAUCAAGAUUCCAGCCAAUCAAGUGCAGCAACUGACAGCACAGCAGCAAAAUGUGCAAGUUCUCUCCAAUAAGGGGAACAAGCAGCGGGUGAUCAUCCCAGUGUCCGGCUCAGGCUCGUCCAAUGUGUCAGGUGGGAUGCCUCAGACCAACCUGACCCUCCCAGCCUCUGCCCUGCCCCCAGGAGUCCUUUCCAACACCCAGCCAGGUUCAGUGGUUAUGAUCCCAGCUCACUACAUGUCACAGCUUCAGUCAAACACUACAAGCAACAGCACAAUUCAAGCAUCAAACCAGAUUCCUCCAGGAACCAUCAUCCCACACACCACAAAGCCACAGCCUUCUCGCACAAUCAUUGAUGCAAAUGGGAUCAGACCAAGAAAACCUUGCAACUGUAAAAAGAGCCAGUGUCUUAAAUUAUACUGUGAUUGCUUUGCAAAUGGAGAAUUUUGCAACAACUGUAAUUGUGCAAACUGUUUCAACAAUUUAAAUCAUGAGGAGGAUAGACAGAAAGCAAUCAAAGGCAUGUUUGGAUAGAAAUCCCCAAGCUUUCCGGCCAAAGAUUGGCAAAGGUGGAAGCGAUAAUGAAAGGAGACACAACAAAGGCUGCAACUGUAAGCGGUCUGGGUGCCUGAAGAACUACUGUGAAUGUUAUGAGGCCAAGAUCCCAUGCUCCAACAUGUGCAAGUGUGUGGCUGCUGCAAGAAUGUGGACAUGACACCAGCACUGGAGAGGAAGGGACUGAUGCAGCUGGCCAAAUGUGCUGAAGCACGGGUCAAUCAGCAGAAGGCCGUUAA